AUGGCCCUCCACCCACCCCAAAACACCUCCAAAUUAAUAUUCGCGCCCGCCAACGACAAAACACACUCCCAAGCCGACCAAUACACCAAAGGCGCGCUCGAGAUCUCGCAGCUCGAUCCCCGCGACCCCUUCACGCAAUUCCACGCCUGGUUCACGCUCGCGCAGCAAUCGGGCGUGCAUCAACCGGAAACUGUUUGCUUGUCGACGGCCUCGUUACCUUCUGGUCGAGUGAGCGCGCGGAUGGUGUAUCUGAAAGAGUUGGAUUCGAAGGGAUUUGUCAUCUAUUCGAAUUUCGGGACGAGUAAGAAGGCGCGGGACAUCGCGGGGAACAAGUGGGCGAGUCUGACGUUCUGGUGGCGGGAGAUGGAGCGGCAGGUUCGGGUUGAGGGGAUGGUGGAGCGGUUGAGUAGUGAGGAGAGCCAGGUUUAUUUCGAUACGAGGAUUAGGGGGAGUAGGGUGGGAGCGUGGGCGAGUCGGCAGAGUGAGGUUUUGGGGGAGGGGAGGGGGCAGUUGGAGGGGUGGGUGAGGGAGGUUGAGGGGAGGUUUGAGGGGGAGGAGAGGAUUCCUGUUCCGGGGUUUUGGGGCGGGUUGAGGGUUAUGCCGGAGAUGGUGGAGUUUUGGCAGGGGAGGGAGAGUAGGUUGCAUGAUCGGUUUCAGUAUGUGAGGAUGGAGGGUGGGGAGUGGAAGAUUGAGAGGUUGAGUCCUUAG